UCCCUCAGCCACACCUCGGAAGUGGCCCUCUGCGACUUGAGUUCGACCGAGAGGACGUUUGGAGUUUUAGACGCACUUGUCAACAGUGGAGCGCACUUGGCCGAUCUCUUGGAGUCGAAGGUUGUAAACUGUUAAAUUCAACUUCGAGUGCUUUCAGCGGACACGUCCCAAACCUGAAUAAGCUGAUCGUGGCUGUCUGAGAGCUGUUUAGUCUGCAUCUACAGUUAUCGUAUCUACAGAGAUGCGGUUCCAUCACUACGGCGCGAUGGCGUUUGUGCUGUCCGUGUUACUCCUGGAACCUCCGGCAGCCGACACGACCUUCAUGGACCCUGCGACAUCCGCCCUCGGGGCAUUGGCUGCCCUUAGCGGGGCUGGUUUGAUUGGUGCUCUGGCAGUAGGCCUUGUGGCACUGAAGAAGAAGCUCCUCUACGAGUACGAGGAUGAACCAGUUUAUUACGUUACUAGUUAUGGCUACGACCACGGCUACGGCGGAGGGUACGGCGGUGGAGGGUACGGCGGCGGUUAUGGAGGACACGGUGGAGGAUACGGCGGAGGACAUGGUGGAGGACACGGAGGAGGGCAUGGAGGAGGAUACGGAGGUGGAUUUGGAGGAUACGACGGCGGACAUGGCGGAGGACACGGAGGAGGGCAUGGAGGAGGACAUGGUGGUGGAUUUGGAGGUGGACACGGCGGUGGACACGGCGGCGGACACGGUGGAGGACAUGGUGGAGGGCACGGCGGUGGACACGGCGGAGGAAUAUAUCACAGACGGAAGCGAGCUGUCGAGAUGAUGACGGGAAACGAGACGCCGGACUUAGAAUUUCUAGUCUCAGACGAUCACCUCCAGUGCACUCGCCUGCUGAUCUGCGAGCUAGGGGCUCGGUCUCCUCAGCUCCUGAAGGAGGACGAGCGCGAUAUCCUGGCCCUGAUUGAGUCUCAAGAUGGUGUCCAAAAGAAGAGACCAGCUAUACAGAGACUGGUCAAGGCGACUACAGCUGGUGUCAGCGGAACCACCUGUUCACGCGUAUACCCAAAAUGCCCCUUUACGGGCGAGGAGAUAAUGGGGUAAUAUUCGAAAAUUCACAGAGAUGUAAUUCUUGCUUUUUAGAAUGUCUAUAAGGACACAUUUUUUUCGUUGUUGAUUUUGAUUAUGUUUUUAUUUUUUUUAUUGUUGUUUAAAGUGUUUUAAAGUGUAUUUUCUUUGUUAAAUGAAUAAACAGAACAGUAAAUAGUA